GUUCAACGCUCCUGGCCGCCCCAGUGCCGGGUUGGGGCUUGUCUCCCUCUGCCCAGGCCGCGGCUCGCCUGGGCUCCGGCGGCAGAAGGGCCCGUAGUCGGCCACAGCCGCUGAAGAAGCUCGGCAGUGCUGGCGGCGAGCAGAGCUGCCCGGACUGCCCUCAGGGUUGAGGGGAGAGGAUUUUAAUUUUCGCCGCUCAGCGCCUCACCUGAGUGAGCCCUGCUGCCCUGGCCGGGCCCUGCGGGCCCCUCUCCAAGGCCUCGGCCUAUUGGCGGGGCAGCGCUGCUGCUCUGGGGGUGGUGAGUUGCUGUGAGGGAUCGUCGAGUUCAGCCAAAGCGUUGUGUCUUUUUCUUUCAGAUUUCCUCUGUUUACGUGUAUAACCCGAGGCAAGAGUUGUUCUUGUCCCCUCCUCCUUCCAGCGUUGGUAAGAGAACUGAGAAGAUGGUGAAUGUUCUGAAAGGUGUUCUCAUUGAAUGUGACCCAGCAAUGAAGCAAUUUCUGCUCUACUUGGAUGAGUCGAAUGCAUUGGGAAAGAAGUUCAUCAUACAAGACCUGGAUGAAACUCAUGUCUUUGUUUUAGCCGAGUUGGUUAACUUCCUCCAGGAAAGAGUGGGCGAGUUAAUGGACCAGAACUCUUUUCCUAUUACUCAGAAGUAAAAAGACUAGAGAAAUGAGAUUACCACAAGUUUUGGAAUAGUGGAUUUCAAUAGCUUGGGUUAUUACUGGUUUAAUAGAUACACUGUGGUUAGUAAAUUCUACAUGGAAGCAGCUACUCUAAAAAAUGGAUCAUUUCCAUAGACAAAAUACUCUCAAAUUGGAUUUCUCAUUUUGAAAGAUUAUAGUACCUUUAUUAAAAAGUUUAAAAUUAUACACUUGAGGACUUGUCUAGAGAAUUUUUGAUGCAUGCUCUCUGUUUUUCCUUGCAAGAUUUUUAUCUUGCAAGAUGGUAUCACACAACAAUUAGAGUUAUGUUUCUGUAUUGGAAUGCUGUAGGAAUUCCUCUGAUGUGUUCCAUUCCUGUGGAAUUGAUUAAAUCUGGUUAUAGUGUGACUGAUAGAAUAUAAAAGAGUUUUGUUAAAGUAUGAUCUGUGCUUGAUGGAACAUCUCUGUAUGUUGAAGGCAUGGUCAGAUACUGCUUUAACUUAAUGGGUUUUAUACACCAGAAUGAAAGUUGGCAUGAGUUUUCUUUUUGUUUGUUUGGUUGGGGUUUUUUUCUUUAUUUUUUUGUUCUUGUUUUUUGGUGGGUUUUUUUUCCCAAACAUUUUACAAAUGCCCCAUACUACUUGCCUACUUCUACCAAGGCUGUGCUUUCUGUGUUGUUCUGGGUUUGGCAAGUGGUGGUAGGCAUCUAGAUGUUUGGAGGGGAGGAAAGGAUAUGGGGGGAUAGGUACAACAAAAUCUAUUACCCAAGAUCAUCACAUUUUAAUUGUAAACUUGCAUAUCAACAAUAACAAAUUAAAAGGGUAACAUAUGAGAGACCAGUCCUUUAGAUACAAAAUUGCUUGUAUUUUUCCACUGAAGUGAAUACCUCGUCACAAUAAGCUUGUGUGAUCAAGAAAGGGAAAUAAAGACUUGGUUAUUCUA